GGGGGCAGCCCGGCACCUGCGGGGCGGGACCGGGACCGGACCCACCUGCGGCUCCGCGGCAGCAGCGCCCGAUCGCAGCGGCACCGCAGCGGCACCGGCUAUGGGGCGGGGGGGCUGCCCGGCCCCGCUCUGCGGGCUCCUGCUCCUGCUCCAGGCUGGACACUGGCUGUGUGAGCAGGUAGCACCUUGCCAACCAGGCUUCACCGCAGAGACUUUCACCUUCACCGUACCGCGGGACAGUGUGGCGGCGGGACGGGCGCUGGGACGAGUGAGCUUUUCCGACUGUGGCGAGCAGCGGCGUGCUCUGUACCUCUGGGACGACAGGCGCUUCAAGGUGAGCAGGGAUGGCGUCGUCUCUGCAACGCGGCCACUGCAGCUCCAGCAGCGGGAGAUCAGCUUUUCUGUCUACGCCUGGGAUACCACGGGCAAGAAGCACUCAGCCAAGGUGACCUUGCACAGGAGGCUGCACCAUCGCCGCCACCACAACCACCACCAUGACCAGCACCACCAGCAUCAUCAGGAAAAGGUACAUGAUGUGCUGACCUUCCCCGAGCCCAACCAUGGCCUCCGGCGGCAGAAGAGGGACUGGGUCAUCCCCCCCAUCAACUGCCCUGAGAAUGAGCGGGGACCCUUCCCCAAGAAGCUGGUGCAGAUCAAAUCCAACAAGGACAAGGACACCAAGGUUUUCUACAGCAUCACGGGGCAGGGGGCAGACACCCCCCCUGUGGGUAUUUUCACCAUCGAGCGGGAGACGGGGUGGCUGGAGGUGACGAAGCCGCUGGACCGAGAGGCGAUGGAUAAAUAUAUCCUCUUCUCCCACGCUGUGUCUGCCAACGGGCAGCCUGUGGAGGACCCCAUGGAGAUCAUCAUCACUGUGACGGACCAGAAUGACAACCGGCCCAUCUUCACCCAACAAGUCUUCAUUGGCUACAUUGAGGAGAACGCGAAACCAGGCACAUCUGUGAUGACCGUGAAUGCCACAGAUGCAGACGAUGCAAUCAAUGUGAACAACGGCAUCAUCAGCUACUCCAUCCUCAGUGAGGAGCCUGAGAGUCCACAACGAAUGUUCACUAUCAACUCAGAGAAUGGCAUCAUCAGUGUCAUUGGCACCGGGCUGGACCGGGAGACCACUCCCAACUACACACUGAUCAUACAGGCGGCAGACCAGGAAGGCAUGGGCCUGACCAACAGCGCCACUGCCAUUGUGCAAGUCACCGAUGCCAAUGACAACCCUCCCAUCUUCGACCCCACCACGUAUGAGGCGAGAGUGGACGAGAACGAGGUGGGAGUGCUGGUAGCCCGGCUGCACGUGACAGACCAGGACAUGCAGGGCUCCCCUGCCUGGAAAGCCGUCUAUCGCAUCAAAAGUGGGGACCAGGAUGGUGACUUCAGCAUCACCACUGACCCCCAAACCAACGAUGGCAUCCUGAAAACUGCCAAGGGUCUGGAUUAUGAAACCAGGAGCCGGUACAACCUCGUGGUGACAGUGGAGAAUGCUGUCCCCUUCACUGUGCCCCUGCCGCUCUCCACUGCCAGUGUCCUAGUGACGGUUGAAGAUGUGAAUGAAGCCCCCAUCUUUAUGCCACCAGUCAAGAGGGUGGAGGUGAUGGAGGACCUGCCAAUGGGGCACCGGGUCACCUCCUACACGGCCCAGGACCCAGACAAGGAUCAGAGGCAGAAAAUCAUGUACCGCAUGGGCAUUGACCCCGCGGGGUGGCUAGCCAUCGACUCCGAGACCGGCAUCGUCAAGGUGGCCCAGCCGCUGGACCGGGAGGCGGUGCAUGCCAUCAACAGCACCUACCAGGCCCUCGUCCUGGCUGUGGACAGUGGGUCACCGGAUAAAACUGGCACGGGGACACUGCUGCUCAUCCUCCAGGAUGUGAAUGACAACGGGCCCAUGCCAGAGCCCCGGGCUUUUGACAUCUGCAGCCGGCAGCCAGAGCAGCAGACACUGACCAUUGUCGACAAGGACCUGCCCCCCAACACCUACCCCUUCCAGGCAGGGCUGGAGCAUGGCUCCAGUACUAAUUGGUCCGUCGAGGUAACUGAACGAGACCUGGUGGUGGUGAAACUGAAGAAGGAGCUGGAACCGGGGGAAUACAACAUCUUCUUGAGGUUGGUGGAUGCGCAGGGCAAGGUGCAGGUGACGCCAGUCAAAGCCCAGGUUUGCGACUGCGAAGGACCAGCCAAAAACUGUGAGCGGCGAGCAUUCAUUGCUGGUGGCCUGGGCGUCCCCGCCAUCCUGGGCAUCCUGGGGGGCAUACUGGCACUGUUGAUCCUGCUGCUGCUGCUGCUGCUCUUUGCCAGGCGGAGCAAGGUGGUGAAGGAGCCACUGCUCCCACCUGAGGAUGACAUGCGGGACAAUGUCUACCACUACGAUGAAGAGGGCGGCGGUGAGGAGGACCAGGACUAUGAUCUGAGCCAGCUGCACCGGGGCCUGGAUGCCCGCCCAGAGGUGAUCCGCAACGACGUGGCUCCCCCACUGAUGGCUGCCCCCCAGUACCGCCCCCGGCCAGCCAACCCCGAUGAGAUUGGAAAUUUCAUCGAUGAGAACCUGAAGGCGGCUGACACGGACCCCACGGCCCCCCCCUACGACUCCCUGCUGGUGUUCGACUACGAGGGCAGUGGCUCGGAGGCCACCUCGCUCAGCUCCCUCAACUCCUCCACCUCUGACGCUGACCAGGACUAUGACUACCUCAACGACUGGGGCAGCCGCUUCAAGAAGCUGGCAGACCUCUAUGGCGGUGGGGAGGAGGACGACUAGGAUCCCUCUGGCCCCAGCCUGGCCAGCAGCUGCCCAGUGCAGGCGGCUCAACUCAUUUCACCCCACCAGACUCACAUCGGACUUUGCCCAGAGGGCAGCAGAACCCCUCUGUAACACCCCCUCAACCUGGUGUCCACAUGCCCCUCAUUCACUGCAGGGGAAACUCAGAGUCUCCAGGGCUUGGGGGGGUUCUGGGGGAGGCUGUGUGUUUCGUGCCCUCCCUUGGCUCUAGGCAGGGCAUGGAGCCAUUCAGUCCAUUCCCUGUCCUGGAGCCGAGGCGCUCCUGGCUGGGCUGGGCAGGACCAGCUCCUUUUCUCCAGCAGGAACGGGCUCCUGCCACCUCCCUCCCUUCAUUGGAGAGGAAAAGGGUUUCUCUGGUGCUCUCUGAAAUACCUCGUGCUCCCAGCCCUGACACAACUGUCAACCUGCUGCCAUGCUUGGCUCACAAACAGCAUGGAGAAGCAGGUGGCCCCAGCACCACAUCUCUACCGGAGCAGGGAGAGACCAAAGAUGUCCCAUCACGCACUGUACGUGGGGGAAUUGUAUUUGAUAACAGUACUCACAGGCAGAUAUCUAUUUUUCUGUAUCCCAGAUUAUGAUAUGAUUUCCUUCUGUGUCGUGCCAGGUGUAAUUAUUGUGCAGUCAAUGAAAGGCGCUUUCGGAAAUCAAACAGCUUUACUGAAAUCCUGAACUCUGUGUUUAGCUGUUGUUGUGGUUUGUAUUUUUUAUCGUGGGAAAAGGGUCUGAUGCAGGCUGGGAAGCCAGCAACGCUCUAGUGUUGAUUGUAUGGUUUUUAUAUAA